CCCUAAAAAUCUUCUAACCUUAAAAUACCUAUCUAGUUAGAAAAACCCUUAGAGUUGUACUUGAACCUUGAAUUUUCACUCUAUGGAUAAAAACAACACCUCAAAUUCAAAUCCUUCUGUUUGCAACAAAAUUCGUCAAGCAAUUGCAAGUAACCCAGCUAUUAGAAUCAUUAACCGAAUAUCAAGCUAUAAUCAAGAACCUAAACAUGCCAAAUUAGGUUCAAUUUCAACCUCAUCACCAUCAUCAUCGCCAUCGUCGUCUUCAUCACCAUCUCCAAAUAAUAACACUCUCAUCCAAAUCCAAACCAAACCACAUAUACCUCAACAACAGGAAAAGGGUAAUCAUAAAGAAGCAUCACCAAGAACAAUCCCAAUCAAAUUUGAGUAUUCAACACCACCAAAAGAAAAUAUUCAUGACCAAGCACCAAAAUCUUCACCACCUUUUGUUGCAACAAAUUUACAAAGUGCAACAAACAAGGAUCAUGGACAAGAACAUCACCAUCACCAUCAUCAUCAUCAUGAUGGAAUGCAUCAAGAGCAACAAGGUAAGAAAUCAAUGAUGAAUAUUGAUGAAACUUUCAACGAGUACAUUCAACGUGCCAAGAAAAAGAUUCGAACUAUGUCGAAUAUUGGCCGGGGACAUAACAGCAUUGCAGAAGAUCAUGAGUCUCACGGCGGCGGCACAAAUGAAAAGGAUCAUCAUCAACAUAGAGAUCAAUUCUCUGAGUUCAUCAACCGUGCCAAGAAGAAGAUUAGGACUACAACAAUAGUUGGAAAGAGUAGUUCCUUGAGGAAAGGGUAAGUAAGGAACUUGUCAUAUGUAAAAAAGUAUAUGUAUGUGUAUUUUACUAACAAAAAAAAUGUAUAUUUUAAUUUGUGAAAAAGUUUGAUCAUUUAAAUAAAAAAAUAUCUAUGAUGUUAAUCAUGUAAUGUAUUUUGUCUUUUAGUUUGAGGGGCAAGAAAGGUGAUUAAUAAUUUCUAUUCUUAAAACAAAU